CAUUGUGAAAGACAGGACUGCAGCUGAGACGGGCCCGUGGUUGUGCAACCCGCACGUGCCGGCGGGGCCGAGUGACUCGCCGUCUCUGUGAGUGCCGCGCGUCUUCAGGGAGGCGCGCGCGGAAACCUUUACCCUCUCCUGUGAAAGCCCGCUGUGCCCCAGGAGGGCUCGAGGGUAAACAUUAAUCAAGGCCUGAGCCCCUCUAUGAGAAGACUCAGGCAUGUCAGGAGGGAGCCUGUCCUGUGUCCUCUACCCUCAUAGAUUCAUACUCGCGCAUACACACAUAAUAAACACGCAUAUACAAUGGUGUUAAAAUGCACAUUGUUUUGUGUGUUUUGUUUUCUGAUAUCUGGCAGCGUACACUGGAUGUGGUUUAUGGUGAGAUGUCAGUGUGGGGGAAGCAGAGCAACCAGUCCCUGCUGAAUUUUCCCCCUGCAGUGAAUGAAUCUGCUUUACUUCCUGUCUGACACAGUGGCUGAUUCAGGGUGCAGCCUGAGAGAUGAUUCAGAGGCCAUUAAGUAAUUAUGGAAGGGCCCGAGUGAGGAGAGAGUGGCUAGUACAGGGGGGGGGAUGCUCUGUAUGGGCUGCUGUACCACGCAGAUGCGCUGCCCCCGGCCGAGUUGGAUCAGGGACGAGGACGAGGAGGAGGAGGAAGAGGAGAGCUGAAACGCUGGCCUGUGCCUCUGAACCGUUCUCUCUUUGCGGAGAUAAUGGACCCGAAUGCAGAGCCUGCAGCCGGACCCCAAGGCCCAGUACCGCGGCGUCUACGAAGCGCUGUGCCGGAUCGUCCGCACCGAGGGGCUCAUGAGGCCCCUGAGGGGCCUCAACGUCACCAUGCUGGGGGCCGGCCCCGCCCACGCCCUCUACUUCGCCUGCUACGAGAGGAUGAAGCGCUCGCUCAGCGACAUCAUUCAGAACGGCGGCAACAGCCACAUAGCCAAUGGAUUGGCGGGCAGCUUGGCCACUGUUCUUCACGACGCGGUGAUGAACCCAGCUGAAGUGGUGAAGCAGCGCAUGCAGAUGUACAACUCGCCGUACCGGGGCCUGCUGGACUGCGUGCGGACGGUGCGGCGGACGGAGGGCCUGGCCGCCUUCUACCGCAGCUACAGCACGCAGCUGACCAUGAACAUCCCCUUCCAGGCGGUGCACUUCAUCACCUACGAGCUGAUGCAGGAGCAGCUGAACCCGCGGCGCCAGUACCACCCGGGCAGCCACAUCCUGUCAGGCGCGGCGGCGGGCGCCGUGUCGGCCGCCGUCACCACGCCGCUGGACGUGUGCAAGACGCUGCUCAACACGCAGGAGAACGUGGUGCUCAGCUCGGUCAACGUCAGCGGGCACCUCUCGGGCAUGGCCAACGCCUUCCGGACGGUCUACCGGCUCGGGGGCCCGUCGGCCUUCUUCAAGGGCGUGCAGGCCCGCAUCAUCUACCAGAUGCCCUCCACCGCCAUCGCCUGGUCCGUUUACGAGUUCUUCAAGUACUUCCUGACCAAGCAGCAGAUGGCGCGAGAGGGCGGGGCGGGGCCCACCUGAGGAGGGCCCGGCAGAGCCGUCGACCCCCCUCGAGAGAGAGAGGCGGCCUCCGAUUGGAGGUUCCCGCCGGGUUUUUUGUUGUUGUUGCGUUUGUCAGUGUUGCAGUGGUGGUGUCUCUGACUCGGCGUGUUCAUCGCUCCCAUAGGAAAGGGGUCUGGAAGCCUGGCCAAUGGGAGGUGGGCAAGAUGGUCUCUAAUGCUGAGACUCAACAUGGCUCUCUAAUGCUGAGACUCUACAUUGCUCUUCUGCUGAGACUCAACAUUGCUCUUCUGCUGAGACUCAACAUGGCUCUCUAAUGCUGAGACUCAACAUGGGUCUCUAGUGCUGAGACUCAACAUUGCUCUUCUGCUGAGACUCAACAGGUCUCUUCUGCUGAGUCUCUACAUGGCUCUUCUGCUGAGACUCAACAUGGCUCUUCUGCUGAGACUCAACAUGGCUCUUCUGCUGAGUCUCUACAUGGCUCUUCUGCUGAGACUCAACAUGGCUCUUCUGCUGAGUCUCUACAUGGCUCUUCUGCUGAGACUCAACAUGGCUCCAUUCUUCCUGAUCCUUCCCAUCGUCCUUUUCUUUCCAGUUUGUGUUUAUUUAUUCCAUGAGUGUGCUGUUACAAAACACAAAAAAUAAUUUAAUAACACUCCAAAGCCUUUUAUUAGGGACGGGAAGAGCAUAUCUCUUUGCAUGGCAGCUGUGUGUGUGUUUGUGUGUCUGCGUGUGUACGUGUACGUGCGUGCGUGUAUGUAUGUAUACACGUACAUAAUAUACAAAUAUCACCCACUACACUUUCUCACUCCCACAUCACUGACUCAGUAUGUACUUCCAGAAGAAUGUUUUGCUUCAUCCAUUUGUUUAUAGAUUUAAAAUUUAGGAAAUUUUAUUUAUUUGAGUUGCUUUCCCGAGCUAGCAUUUCAAGGUUUCGGAAGAGACUUCCGGGUUAUUUUUUUUAUUUCCUUGUGUUGUUAUAAUUGACUGUGUCAUUUAACACAUUCCUGGGUCUUGCCACACGGCAAACGUGGAACAAUUGUGCUUUGAAAGUGCCUCUUCGAUGCUAUGCUGCGUGCUACUUUUGCUUUAAGGCUUUUCAGUGCAGAUCUGUGUCCGAGUUCAACAUCGUUUGACAGCGUCUGCAGCCAUUGAGUGCUCCUAAUGAUUUAGCGAAAAAUGCAAGCGCACUUUAAGACAGAAUAGUUCAUUGGACUCUUCUUAUGGCAUGUCGUUUAGCACAACUGUCCUGCUGUGUCAUGAAAAGCUACGUUGGUCCAUAUGUGUCUGACCUAAGUUGGCCAUAAAUGAAACCUUAGCAUUUAUUUAUGUGUGUAUAAGAUUUUAGCCACUUAAACUGAAUUUGCUCUUUUCAAUUUCAUCUUAAUGUGUCGCGGGGUUAAGUAAACAUUCUUUCGAUUCUCUUUUACCUUAUUGUGUUUUGUUUUGUGAAGUUGCCCUUGAGUAAGACUGAUAAAUUCACUCGAAAUCAGAGAGCGAUGAUUGUUUGCCCCUGAAAAUGUGAGCAGGGGAUUGACAAGAGACACAACUGGAAAUUACAGCUUCAUUUCUGUUGAGCUUGGUGCUCUUCUUUAAAAUAAGUGCCUCUUUCAUUUGUGAAUCCGGAUACUAAUUUUUGGUGCAGUGUGGACAUUGGCAAGAAACUUGGCUGUCAUGUCACUCCUACACACAAACCACACAGCACCCGCCCUAGCAAAGUAUUCUCUUCCUCGUUGUACUUCCUUUCAGUUAGAAUGUGGGCCAGUAAUGGCCAAACCCUAUUGUAUAAAUCUGAAAUCACGCACAAGUGUUUGUUUUUUUGUUGUUAGCAUAUUGCUCUAUUGCAGCUAGCAUUGCAGAGAAAUAUCAGUUUGAAAUUUUGUUUUUCGAAAGCUUGCUAAAAAAAAGCAUCAAUUUUAGCAGGACUGAAAAAAGGAACUUUAAAAAUGUCGAUGCUUUAUGCGCACACACCAAAAGGGGGCGCUGGUGCUGCAGGCAGGGACGGGCGCGUUUCACGGCGUUGGAAAAAAAAGAAAAACAUCUGUGAUGUUUUCACGUGCAUUCGUUUUUUCCCCCAUAUUGCAUGUGCAUUUUUGCUGUCUAUUCGGAGCUGUGUGAGAGUAGAAUCCUGUCCUGAUCAUGACCUAGGUGCCCCAUGACCUCGUAGCUUAUUUUGCUGUCAGUUGUCUGGGCUCUGUAGUUUACCAGCACUUACAGGGAUGUUGGAAGCCAUUGCAUGGUGGCGUAAAAUGCGAUUGAACGGGCUGACGCAGAAAUGCUCAGCAGGUUGGAAGGAGUGCAUGCUGGUUACCCCUGUGCUUCUGUCGGCAGUCCUCCCAACCUCUCCACCUCUCCACCUCUCCACCUCUCCGCCCUGCAUCCUUUCCCUCGGAAGCCUCACAUUCCAUUAAACAUUACCAGAGUCUUCGGCAGGCUGCAAGUUCUAUUUGUUUGGUUUUAAUUAAAUACUUAAUGUAUCCCUGCAAAGGCACAUAGUUUUCCAACGAUAUUACUACUUUCUGAGACCCCAAAAAUGAAAUGCUCCAUUUCAUAGUGCUGUGUGUGUGAGUGAGUGUGCGUGCAUGCCAUUCGUGUGUGUGUGUACAUUGUGCUUGCAGAUCUGGAGCUUUAAAGGUAUCACAAUCAGUUUACUUAGUAUUUUUGAGUACAUAGUGUAUAUACUGAGUAUUUAAGUUGCAACGGAUUUAAUCCAGUUUGCCUUCAUAACCUUAAUGGGACACUGAACUAUUCAAUCUCACCUGCCCAGGCUUGCAUAAAUGGAAUAUACUCUAAUGUAUUGUAAAUAUGUGAACGUUCUUGAAUAUAUAUAUAUUUUUAUAAAUGAACAAAUAAAAUAGGUAAUAUAUUUUAUUGUAUAUUUACCCGUAUGUUGUACAGUGUUGUAAUAUCUUGACAUAUAUUAUUUCAAUAUAUUUUCAGUAUAUUCAAUUUCUGUAAGAGCAGGAAUGGGCUCUCCAUAGGUAUGUUGGAUUUCAGUGACAUUAAUGUGCUUGUUUUGUCAUUUGAGUCACUCAUCUUGGGGGCAUGUCCGCACAUAUAUGUUUUGGCUUGGAGCUCAAAUGUGCAUCAUCACCAUGGAAACAGUGGCCUUCUUUAUGACUCACAUGACUCACACUAGGGAGCUGAUACUCUCUCUUUUUCUUAACACUUUGAAAAAAACAUUUUUUUUUUUUUAAACUUUUUUUUUUUUUUUUUUUUUUGAGAGGAGGGGGGUGUUGAAUUGUAAAUUGUGGUUGUAAGUCUCUUAGCUGAAAUGGUGGGGGGCUUAUGCAAGACUCGAAUGUACUCUGCUCCCAGGUGACAGAUGUUUGCUGGCUGUUUGGAAAUUCUUUGAUAUGUUUUAGCUUGUUUCGCUUAAGAAUUAAAUGCACCUUUAAUUGUUUGCUGAACCUCGCAGCCAUUUCUCAAAAAAUGAAAGUGAACUGCAGCCAUUGAUUUACCUGACAGUCGAUGAAUGUGUACAUGAACAGCUUGUUUAGAAUAGUUAGUACGUUAAAAAGAAAACCUGCUAAUAUAUUUAAUAUACAAUUCAAAAAGUUCCCAUUGUAUUACCGCAGUCUAAGAUGUGUUUGUCAUAGUGGCCAUUUUGGCAUUUUAGAUUCAUUUUUAGUCUCUGAUAAUGCUGGACAAAGUGUAUAUCGUCAGUCCCGUUGAGAUUUUAUUUCAAAUCAAGUGGAGUACCUUUAAGAAUAUAUUAAAAAAUGUUUUCAAGAUGAUUUGGCGAGACCGAAAAGAAUCCUGCUAUAGAAAUGAUAUUUGUACACUUGCGCUCCAUGUAUUGUUGGAUAUAAGGACUAUAAUGCGAAUAGAGAGGUAUACUCCUUAAUUCUUUUCAUGCCUUUUUUUUUUACUAGCCCUCUCAAUCAGUUUAAGUUUUCCUGGUUCAGUGAUUGGGAAUAGUGAGUUCUUUCCAUCUAUACAAGCCUGGUUCAUUUACAGUACUCCUUUCAAGUGGCCUGACUACAUUGACCAAUUGCUGUGAGGAGAAACCAAGAAGCAAGACACUUCAAGCCUUCCUCCUAACUUGAUAUGUGAAAGAUUUCAUUCUCAUAAUUAUGCAAACUGUGCUGUACAUUGUUUUUGCCCUUUAUUUUAUUUUAUUUUAUUUUUGGAGAAAUGAAGAACUUUGGGGAAUUGUUUGUCAUGUAACAUUUAAUGCCGCUUUCUUGCGCACAAUGAAGGGAGGGGAAGAGUUGGACGUUAUUUUUUAAACAUAGAGUGCCAUUUAUAGAACAAGGAUAUUUUCUAUUUGCUGGUAAAAGUGAGAUGCAGAUAUUUUAUGAUUGUGGUAAUGCUGCUACAGUUUAUAACACUGGAGCUGAAAUAAAAGUACUAAAUAAU